UGCCCGACUGCCCGACUGCUAACUAGCUCCUACCCAGUAGCAAACCAACUUACCCCAGCUCGUCGCCACCCCUCUAUCCAACUCCACCACCACCACAAGCUCAUCCCCACCACCACCACCACCACCACGCAUUUCACUACACAGCAGAAAAAAUGGCACCCCCUACCGCCCUCGCGAUCAAAACCUCCGCGGUCAUGCGGUUAAUAAAGGAAGAGUCUAUGUACCACAAAGAGCUCGUCCUCGAGAAGAACCGGUUGGCAAAGAUGGAGGCCGACGGAGAGAGCGAUGAGUACGCCAUCAAACAGCAGACCAAAGUCGUCGAGGAGACAAAGGGCGUUGUCCCUGCGCUUAGGGAGAAGUUGCUUGCUGCCGUGGAGGUGCUAGAAGGACAACUUGACGCCGCGGCCGACGUGGAGCCCGAGGCCAACAAGGGGAAGGCACGCAAGGCGAUCGAGGAUGGACGGAAGACUUUGGUCGCGGACCUCUAGGCCAGUGAGAUUGAGCGAGGGGGGUGCUCGAUGUGCGAUGCGGGAAUGCGGAAUGAUAUCAAUUCUUUUCUCUACGGCGAAAGAACCGAUUCCGGAGCUGAAGUACAUGCCCGAUCAAUGUCGCUAUUAACGGCCGACCGGCCAUGUCCAACCAUCAUGGCUACAUACCCGUUCAUCCAUCCAUCGAGCACAUAUCCAAGGGCUGCAGCAGUUCAACCAUGUUACGAGGUUACCCAGCCUUGUCCCAGA